CAAACUCAAAACAAGGACGUCGUUGCUGCUGUUGCUGUUGCUUGACUAACACACACAUAUAUGUCCUUCAGUCUGAACUGCUUUGAGCCACACUGUUUCAUCUAGUGCUAUCAGGGCUGAUGAGAGCCUCUCGUCUGUCUGGGUCUGCUGCAGCUGCUGUGCGCAUAGAGAGACACAAUGAUGCUGUGAAGGCAUGUCUGGGCCUCGAUGGUGUUGCUUUGUGAGUCGACAUCCAGAGUUCAGUAGCUUCUAACCUCUUAUGAUUCUGUAAUGGUUUUAUCAUCAUGAUAUCAACGCGGGUGUCAGUGAUUGUCAUGCUGGUGGCAUUUGUGAAUGGAGCCAGAAAUGAGGAUGACAGACAGCCGUGCGCAAAGGUCCAAACGUCCAGCCCAGUGGUGCCUUUGGGGUCUCCUGUAACAGCAACAUGCAUUAUCAGAGACAGCUGCCCUGUGGUCAUUGGACAAGCUGUUCAUAUACAGUGGCGCCUCGACAAUCGUUUCCUCCCCAGCAGCACCGUGGCCAACGAGAGCGGCAGAGUUUCCGAGGUUGUAAUACCGAGCUUCAAUCACACCAGGGGAUCCCUCACCUGCUGUGUCCAGGCCUCUUCUCUUCUAGUCGUAGGAGGCGUGGACAUCAGAGCUGGAUAUCCACCACAACCACCACAGAACCUCAGCUGCCAGACAAACCUCACCACUCCUAACACCCUGACCUGUAGGUGGCACCCCGGGCAGCAGGAAACCCAUCUGCUGACAAAGUACACCCUCCACACCAAGAUACGGGAUUUAAAUGAGAACAACACUUACGAGCUGCCACCAGGAGUCCACCAAUAUACCAUCCCACGCGAUGGCUUUGUUCUGUUCUCAGAAAUCGAAAUAUACGUUAAGGCGGUGAAUGACCUUGGAGAAGCAACAUCAGUGCCUAUCACUUUGGAACCUGUCAGUGCAGCUAAGUUUGACCCACCAACAAUUCUGAACAUUCAAGCAAUGCCCAAAAGGUACGGCUGCCUAAAGCUGAGCUGGACAUUAUCAGAGCAACAGGCCUGGAUGCGUAACUCCCGACUGAACCUGGAAGUCCGUCUUCAGACAGCUGACAGCAGCCGGUCAGCUGAACAACCAAUCUUGAUAAACCAGGUUAGAUCAACCAGACCUGUGGACCAGUGUCGCCUUCUCCAUGGAACUCAGUAUUUUGCCCAGAUUAGAGUGAGAUACCAGCAAAGUCCCUGGAGUGAGUGGAGCAGCAGCCAAUCUGGAGUCACCUUGGAGAGCGCUCCCACUGGACGCCUCGACUGGUGGAUGAAGGUAUCAGGGAAUCAAAAAGACAAACAUCUUACCAUACACUUGUUUUGGAAGCCAUCAAAACAAUUCCGUGCCAACAGCCAAAAUGUGUCAUACGUUGUCUCAUUGCAAAAGCUGUCAGGUGAAAAGGGACAGGUGUGCACUACGAUGGCAAAUUACUGUACUAUCCAGCUUCCUAAGAGAGCAAAGAAAGUCUAUCUGAGCGCUGUAAAUGCAGAAGGGAGAUCCAACCCUACUGAAGUUCGGAUUACCCUACCCAGAAGUUCUACAGUGAUAUCAGAUGUCACAGUCAUUCCUCAAGAUGACAGAUCCCUACUGGUCCAGUGGAGCAGCCUGGUUUCUUCCAGUCCCAUUGAUUUUGUGGUGGAAUGGAGACCUUUGUUAGAAACAGAACUCUCUUUCACCCAGUUUGAAAUAACAGACAGAAACCAGACAAGCCUUGUUAUAUCCGGCAGCAUUGAGCCCUACAAGCCCUAUGGGAUCUCUGUGUAUCCUAGGUUUAAGGAUUGGAUAGGACUUCCUCAGACUGUUAAUGCCUACUCGAGACAAAAGGCUCCAUCGAUGGUUCCAAAAAUACAAAUUAACAAGAACUGGCAGUACCACGUUGAGCUCACCUGGGAUGAACUUGCUUUAGACGAAAGGAAUGGAAAUAUCCAGAGCUACAAAAUCUUCUACUGGAGCGCUAUGGAUCCUGUUAAAGUUGUGGCCACUGACCCAGAAGAGAGGAGGGUUGUCCUGAAAGACCUCAACACUGUGGCUAUGUAUGACGCUUUCAUGAUGGUUACCACAUUUGGUGGAAGCCUGAACGGGACAACAUUUCAUUUUGAAGUUGAGCCCUUCGAUGCAGUUUCUGUUGUGAUGAUUGUAACUGCAUGUGGUGUUGGACUGUCAAUGCUGAUUAUCUUCAUAGUCAUGAUGUGUUUCUCCAAACACAGCAGACUGAAGGGACGUUUCUGGCCAGCUGUUCCAGAUCCAGCCAACAGCAGCCUCAAGAGAUGGACAUCAGAAUCAACACAGGAUACCCAUCUUGCCUCAGACAGUGAUGAGCCCAAUCCAAUAUACCUGUCCCACCUUAGUUUUCUGGACAUCCUGGUAAAACUAGGUAAAGACGACGAUGACGUGUGGUCAAGAAGCCCAGAGGACACGAGCGACCUGGGAGAGUCCAUUUGUGGUUCACCCUUCCUCCCGGGUUACUCUGGUUCAAACACUGACUCUGUCCCUUAUGCUACCGUGAUCUUCUCUGGUCAGUUCAGCAGCCCUCCACCUAAUGUGCCUCAUGUCUACUUACGUUCUGAGUCCACACAGCCCCUCUUGGAGAUGGAGGAAUCCUUCAGUCCAAAGUGCUACCAGAAUAUGGAAACUGAUGGGAUGCCAAGGGAGCAAUGUUUUUUUGGACCGUGCGAUGAUUGUAUCCCCGAAGAAGCCGCAGACCCAGCCAUUCUGUGGGACGACUUUCCUUUUCUACAAGCGUUAGCCAUGAAUGAGAUGCAAAAUGACUAAAAAGUAAAUCACUGAUUGUAAGAGUAAAUGCUUUGCAAGAUGUUCGUAUAGGUCUGAGUUUGUGUAAUGAGCCGAUUGUGAUAAAUUGAUCCAGCAUAGACAGCUGUAAAUGCACGCUAGAUUUAAUCCUACAAUCACUUUGAUAUUUAAUGAUUAUGAUGUCCAUUCUUCGUCUGUAGCCUGCUGCACUUUGUAGAUAUGUCACCUGUUCAAGUAAACAUUCUCUAAAAUACUUUUUUUAUGCCAUGGGUCAAACAGUUUAAACAGUUCCUUUGAAUAAAAAUAAACUCUGUAAGGACAGAAAACAAAUGUUUUUUUUUUCCUGCUGACUUAUUAUUCACCUCUAUAUUUACCUCAGCAUUUGGUAUUUACCUACUGCGCUUGCCAAAGAAGGUUGUUCUCUGUAACUAAUAGAUGUGAUUUAUGGAAGCAGGGUAACCUACAAUUAUUCAGUGAAAACAGACGCCGUAACAUCAUCACUCAACAAAGCUGCCUGGGGUGAUUUCAGGUGAUGUGGGGGCACUUCUUGGCAAAGUGUAAUUGCUUUAUACAUGCACUCAGCUGUAUGAUAUAAAAGAAUCUCUAUAUUUCUUUACUCUGCUUUUGGUUAUAUUGUAUUUUUAUUCCAGGUCUUCUCUUUCCUCUGCCUCUUCUGCCAUUUAACUUUAUAUUUGGUACAGGCUAAUGCAUGCUGCCACUACAAUUUGAUAUCAUUCAUAUUCAUUGAUUUAAUUCAUUAACAUGAUAAAGCAUUACUGUUUGAGCAUUAGAUUCAUUGACUUAUUGCUAUGAAUUGUUUUUAUAUCCCUCUCUUUCCUUGUAACUCCAAUAUAACAGCCAAUCAUGCCUUUUUUGAUACUGUAAUAUUAUGAUUUUGUCAUUUAAUGAGCCAUCUUUAAUGAUCAAAUAAAGUAUUAGUGGAACAAA